AUGAUGAUCUUCCUUCUCCUCCUCUUCCUCUUCUCCUGCAUCACUUUCAACCUCUGCAAAAUCGCGCUCCGAAACAGAUCACAUUCAUGCUGCUACAUGCUCCACUACGAGUGCUACAAGGGCACCGAGGACAGGAAGCUCGACACCAAGACCUGCGCCGAGCUCCUGAUGAGGAACAAGAACCUUGGGCUGCAAGAAUACAGGUUCCUCCUGCAGGCCAUUGUCAACUCUGGCAUUGGAGAGGAAACUUACGGCCCAAGAAACAUCCUGGAAGGCAGGGAGGCCACUCCAACCCUCUCCGACUCCCUCUCGGAGAUCGAUGACAUCGCGUUCGACACAUUGGACGCUCUCUUCGCCAAGACCGGAAUCUCCCCAAGGGAUAUCGACAUCCUGGUGGUCAACAUCUCUCUGUUUUCCCCUGCACCUUCUCUGACUUCUAGGGUUGUCAACAGGUACAAGAUGAGGGAAGACAUCAAGACGUUCAACAUUUCUGGGAUGGGGUGCAGCGCGAGCAUUAUCGCAGUGGAUCUGGUGCAGCAGCUGUUCAAGAUCCACGACGAGGUAUUGGCCAUUGUGGUGAGCUCGGAGUCGAUUGGACCAAACUGGUACUGUGGGAAGGAGAGGUCCAUGAUUCUGGCCAACUGCCUGUUCCGGUCCGGUGGGUGUUCGAUGCUUUUGACCAACAAUGGGAGCUUGAAGGGGAAAGCAGUGAUGAAGCUGAACCAAUUGGUGAGAACCCAUUUGGGAGGAGAGGAUGAUGCUUACAACUGCUGCAUUCAAAUGGAAGAUAAGGUUGGACAUGCAGGCUUCCUCCUCAGAAAGGGGCUCACUAAAGCUGCUGCUGUAGCCUUCACAUUGAACCUCAGGGUUCUGGUCCCAAAGAUACUCCCAGUGAAGGAUCUUCUGCUUUAUGUCAUCCACAGUUACGGUCGAAAGAAGGCGAAAGUCGGCGGGGGUGCUCCAUCGGCUGAAGCGGCAGGAGAAGGGCUUAACAUGAAGGCAGGGGUUGAGCACUUCUGCAUACACCCUGGUGGGAGGGCAGUGAUUGAUGGUGUUGGGAAGAGCUUGGGGCUGGAUGACUACGAUCUCGAGCCAUCUCGAAUGGCAUUGCACCGAUUCGGGAAUACCUCGGCUGGUGGGCUUUGGUAUGUGUUGGGGUACAUGGAGGCCAAGAAGAGGCUGAAGAGAGGUGACAGGAUUUUCAUGAUUGGGUUUGGUGCAGGUUUCAAGUGCAACACUUGUGUGUGGGAGGUGACUAGGGAUUUGGCGGAUGGGAAUGUUUGGGAAGACUGCAUUGAUUCGUACCCUCUUCCUACAAUCAAUGUUAGCCCUUUCCUGAAAAAAUUUAGCUGGAUUAACGACGAGGGUCGCACCGAUGUCGAUCUUACUUCUGCAUUCAACAAGGUUUGA